AGCUUCGAACAAGAUCCACGGCAGAUCACCUGGAGACAUGAUCGGGAAAAUUGUUUUGGUUCUAUCGACACUGGCCCUGGCCCAUGCCCAGGUGCCCAGUCUGGGCUUCUGUCCAGAUUAUGUGCCCAUGGCGAACUUCGACAUGAGCAAGUUUUUGGGAAUCUGGUACGAAACCGAAAGGUACUUCCAACUUACGGAAGUGGUGUCGCGUUGUGUCAUGGCGAACUACACUCUGAGUAGCGAUGGCAAAUUCCGGGUCAGCAAUGAAGUCACAAACAGAUUUACUGGUAUCAAGAGGGUAGUCGAGGGCGAAAUCAAGAAAGCAGCAUCGAAAGCAGAGGAAGGAAAGCUGGUGGUGAAAUACACCAUACCGUUGACCCCAGAAACUAAAUACUCCGUCCUCGAAACAGACUACGAUAACUAUGCUGUUUUAUGGAGCUGUUCCGGCAUCGGGCCGUUCCACACUCAGAAUGCUUGGGUCAUGACGAGAGAUAGGAUUCCCCCAGGUCCAAUCGUACAGAAGGCCUACUCCGUGCUGGACAAAUACAAGAUCUCCAGGAUCUUCUUCGUGAAGACAAACCAAGAUGAUUGUGUCUAUUUGGCGACCACGACGACGAAGCCAGAUGAAGCACCCGAAGCAGAGCAACCGCAAAAAGAUACAGAGAACGUUAGAUCUGCCGUGGUACCGGACUCCCCAGCAAUACUCGCCGAAAAACUCCCUAAAAAGAACAACAAACCCGCGGCAAGUGCUCCGGCUGUCGAAAAACCGAAGAAAGUCACGGUUAACACAGUCCCGGAACACAUUAUGGUUGUCGCCGGUUCCACGAAGGAGGAUCUGCAAGCGGACAGCACGAAACUAUUGGAAGAAAAAGAAACGAGCGAGCCCGCGAUCGAGAAAGCCCCACAGACCGUCAAGGAAGCCGAGAAGACUCACCUGGAAGGUGUACGGAACGGGAAGACCAGUCACCGGCGGACGGUUCAUCGCGUGAGAAGUGUAACAGUCAACCCUGUACCAGUUUCACGAGUCGCCGACAUUCCGAGUGUACCAACGAUUAUCAAUCCGUUAACGAAAAUGUUACGAUCGUGUCUAAUUCUAAUCGCCGUAGCUGGUGCAUCGGCGCAGGUACCAUUUUUAGGCACGUGCCCCAAUUUGGAGACUAUGCCAAGCUUCGACAUGGACAGGUAUGUCGGGAAAUGGUACGAGGUGGAGAGGUACUUCGCUUUCUUCGAAUUCGGCGGGAAGUGCGUGACUGCGAAUUACAGCCAAGGUGAAAACGGAUCGAUAAAGAUCUUGAAUAAACAGAUAUCUGCCCUGACCGGAGUUUCUUCAAGCAUAGAGGGAAUCGGAAGAUUAGUUGGCAGGACGGAAGAUCCUAAAUUAAUUGUGACGUUCCCCUCGCUUCCUCUACCAUGGGACGCACCUUACUGGAUUCUCGAUACGGAUUAUAAAUCUUAUGCCGUGGUGUGGAGCUGCUCGAACUUUGGUGUAUUCAGCAUACGAAAUGCUUGGAUCCUGACGAGAGAACCAAAGCCACCGGUGUCCGUUUUGGAGAAAGCAUACCAAGUGAUAGACAGAAAUAGUAUAAGCAGAGCAUACUUCAUUCGCACUGAUCAGAAGAAUUGUCCAGAAGGCAAUUAAAGGAUAGAAUGUUGUAAAAUGUCGAAGCGUGUUUCAUAAAAAAUAGUCUUUCGUCUUUGUGAUGUAAAUCGAUAGGUAUAAUCUGGGAGUUUCUAUAAUUUUAUAGUAUAAUUUUAUUUGUUUUACAAAUAUUUAAAAACUCCUCGGACAGAUUCACAAUUUAUUCUAGCUGUUGGUGUUUCAUAAUUUGUAUUAAACAAUAUUUAUUUAUUGAGUGAAAUUAAGUGAUAUUCGCUUUACCAUAUAUCGGUAAAAUUAACCUUAACACUCGAACGACGGGGCUUGGGUCCAAUUGCAUCCAGAGUAUAAAUAUUGUUAUUUGAUCGUCUAGUUUAAGAUAAAAUACUAUUAUAUUGCAUAUUCGGUUAUAUUACAAGCAUACUCACUCGGUUAUAUUUUUGUGAAAAAGAAAAUGUCCGCGUCGUUCAAGUGUUAAACAUACAUAAACGUAAUCACAUGUUGAAUGUAUUUAAUUGUAAAGCUUCUAAUGUUUAAUUCCUUCUGCUAGAGGCUCGCGCAGCUAUUAUUAUACAGUUCUACAAAUACGUACUUAUAUGAACCUGUACUUAACUACAUUGUCUACAUAUUGUAAUUUUAGUCAUUGAAUUUACAGUUUAUUAAGUUGUGUUGUUCUAUUUGUAAUAUUUAUUUAUUUAUUUAUUGUAUUAUAUAAUGGACUGACAAAAUUACAAAGUGUUGAUAAAAUAAA